UCCAACCUUGCCAGCCUCCCAUGUUUGUGCACGACAGUGACUUCAGAACCAGAAGACAUGCCACAAUUGAUUGUCAUGCAUGGAACCUGAGCAGGAAUUUCGAUCAUGAUCUCUUUGAAUGGUGGAGCAGACUUCGAUGAGCUGAAUGACCAGCUUUUGUUCCUUUGUCUUAUACAUGCUGGAGAACCGGUUCCGGUCCACCGUAUGCAAAGGGUUGUCGUACACAUGCUGCAGGCAGGGUUCCAGAAUACGCUCUCGGCAUACAGUUCUGGAAUACACCUGUCCUCGAUGUGAGUCUGGCUUUAUAGAGGAAGUCACAGACGAAACAAGUUUUUUGGACAAUGGAACGAAUGGCCUUGAUGAUGAUUCAGCCACACAGUUUGCUGAGCUAUGGGAUCGCACCUUCCUGAACCUGGACCAGACCUUCCUGUUUGUUGAUGGGAGACCCUUGCGCAGCGGCACCUCUCUAGAUCACGAAGGUGGGGAACCAGAACGGGGAAGCCAGCAGAACGAUAUCUGGGGUCCCAGCCGACACACGAGGUUACCGAUGGCCAGAAGGUACCGAGCCCGAGGAGCAUCUCGCCCUGAGAGGUCCCCAGCCAUUGAAGGAAUAAUCCAGCAGCUGUUUGCUGGCCUCUUCAAUGCAGGAAUCUCGGGCUCUCAGCAGACGUUCUCCUGGAGCGGGAUGCUGCACUCAAACCCUGCCGAUUAUGCCUGGGGGCAGAGUGGCCUUGAUGCAGUGAUUACACAGCUUCUGGGACAACUAGAAAACACAGGACCUCCCCCAGCAGACAAAGACAAAAUCACAGCCCUCCCGACAGUGCACAUCACACAGGAGCAGAUCGACUCCGGUUUAGAAUGUCCGGUUUGUAAAGAGGAUUAUCUCCUUGAGGAACAGGUCCGACAGCUGCCCUGUAAUCACUUCUUCCACAGCGACUGCAUCGUACCCUGGUUAGAACUGCAUGAUACCUGUCCCGUGUGUCGCAAGAGUUUGAAUGGAGAAGUCACCAUGGGUCACCGGCAAACCUCAGAGGAGUUAUCUGGUAACUUGACUGGCAGUGAAAAUCGGCAGCGAGACCCUUGGGCAUACUGAAGGACUCUGCAGGAAGUACUUUGCACCCCAACCUCUGCAUAACCCAAUCAGUAAUAUUGUUACUUCUAUUGUAAAUGAUAUAUAUUAAAGAAACGAGUGGGCAUGUGCCACAGCUAAGUGGCUGCUGCCAAACUGAUGGCA